ACUUUAUGUGCAAGCACACUAAUUGCCUAAUCUUGAACUGAAAGAGUUGUCAAUGCAUUCUCAUGCAUGAAAAGAUGCUGCUCUGGGGACACUGUAUGAGUCAAAAAUGCCAUUUUGGGCUUCUUAUUGGCCUUUUUGCCCUUGGCUACGAUCUGUCAGCUGAAACAGGAGUACAUGCCUGGACAUACCAUUACAAUAUAAGCCCCAAUAGGAACUGGAAUUCUGCAAGGGAGUGGUGUCGUCAGCACUACACGGAUAUGGUAGCCAUACAGAACCAGAAAGAAAUCGCAUACCUCAAUAAGACCCUGCCCAAGAAUAAAUAUUACUACUGGAUCGGCAUCAGGAAAAUCGGCGGUGAAUGGACAUGGGUCGGAACCAACAAGACACUGACCCAGGAAGCUGAGAACUGGGCCAAAGGGGAGCCCAAUAACAAAGGACAGGAGGACUGUGUUGAGAUUUACAUUAAGAGAUAUCAGGAGUCUGGGAAGUGGAAUGAUCAAAGCUGCAGAAAUAAAAAGGGGACGCUUUGUUAUCAUGCUUCCUGCAGUGAAGAGUCCUGCAGCACCCAGGCGGAAUGUGUGGAGACCAUUGGGAACUACACCUGCAAAUGUCACCCCGGCUUCCAGGGACCACGCUGCCAGGAAGCUGUUACGUGUGGCAUCCUGAAGGCUCCACAAUACGGCUCGAUGCAGUGCUCUCAUGCCUACGGCUCCUUCCAGUUCAACUCAUCCUGCACACUUCACUGCGCCCAGGGGUUCUCACUCAUGGGAGCGCCACAUCUGCAGUGCCAGGCUUCCGGCCACUGGGACGCCGAUCCUCCCUUGUGCCAAGCUGUGAAAUGCCCAGAGCUCUCCAGUGCUCCUACAAGAAGACGCAUGAAGUGCACCCAUGCCAUAGGGCCAGACAGUUAUAAUUCCACGUGUGAAUUCAGCUGUGAAGAGGGAUUUGAGCUCAACGGCCCCAGCAGUACUUGGUGUAACUCCAGCGGGUCGUGGAGUGAUGCCAUGCCAAUAUGUGAAGCUCGACGGUGUGACAGACAAACUGUUCCCCCCCAUGGCUCCCUGCACUGCUUCCACCCAUAUGAGGGGUUUAGCUUCAGCUCCAGCUGCAACGUGAGCUGUGAGGAGGGGUUCCUGCUCAAUGGGACAGCCUCCACUCAAUGCACCUCCUUGGGGUUGUGGACUGAGCCUCCUCCACAUUGUCAGGCUCAACGGUGUGACACACUAACUGCUCCCCUCCAUGGCUCCCUGCACUGCUUCCACCCACAUGAGGAGUUUAGCUUCAGCUCCAGCUGCAACGUGAGCUGUGAGGAGGGGUUCCUGCUCAAUGGGACAGCCUCCACUCUGUGCACCUCCUUGGGGGUGUGGACUGAGCCUCCUCCACUCUGUCAGGCUCGACGGUGUGAUGUACUAACAGCUCCCAUCCAUGGUUCCCUGCACUGCUCCCACCCACAUAAAGAGUUCAGCUUCAACUCUACCUGCAACAUGAGCUGUGUGGAGGGGUUCCUGCUCAAUGGGGCAGCCUCCACUCAGUGCACCUCCAUGGGGGUGUGGACUGAGCCUCCUCCACUCUGUCUGGCUCGACGGUGUGACACACUAACUGCUCCCCUCCAUGGCUUCCUGCACUGCUCCCACCCACAUGAGGAGUUCAGCUUCAGCUCCAGCUGCAACGUGAGCUGUGUGGAGGGGUUCCUGCUGAACGGGACAGACUCCACUCAGUGCACCUCCUUGGGGGUGUGGACUGAGCCUCGUCCACUCUGUCAGGCUCAACGGUGUGACACACUAACUGCUCCCCUCCAUGGCUCCCUGCACUGCUUCCACCUACAUGAGGAGUUUAGCUUCAGCUCCAGCUGCAACGUGAGCUGUGAGGAGGGGUUCCUGCUCAAUGGGGCAGCCUCCCCUCAAUGCACAUCCUUGGGGGUGUGGACUGAACCUCCUCCACUCUGUCAGGCUCGAGGGUGCAAUGUACUAACUGCUCCCCUCCAUGGCUCCCUGCACUGUUCCCACCCACAUAAAGAGUUCAGCUUCAACUCUACCUGCAACAUGAGCUGUGUGGAGGGGUUCCUGCUCAAUGGGACAGCCUCCACUCAGUGCACCUCCUUGGGGGUGUGGACUGAGCCUCCUCCACUCUGUCUGGCUCGACGGUGUGACACACUAACUGCUCCCCUCCAUGGCUUCCUGUACUGCUCCCACCCACAUGAGGAGUUCAGCUUCAGCUCCAGCUGCAAUGUGAGCUGUGUGGAGGGGUUCCUGCUGAACGGGACAGACUCCACUCAGUGCACCUCCUUGGGGGUGUGGACUGAGCCUCGUCCACUCUGUCAGGCUCGACGGUGUGAUGUACUAACUGCUCCCCUCCAUGGCUCCCUGCACUGCUCUCACCCACAUAAAGAGUUCAGCUUCAACUCUACCUGCAACAUGAGCUGUGUGGAGGGGUUCCUGCUCAAUGGGGCAGCCUCCACUCAGUGCACCUCCUUGGGGGUGUGGACUGAGCCUCCUCCACUCUGUCUGGCUCGGCAGUGUCUCCCCCUGGUGGUUCCCGGCAGAGGGCAGAUGAACUGCUCUCACCCUCACUCCAACUUCAGCUUCGGCUCCAGCUGUGAGCUGGGCUGUGAGGAGGGCUUUGUGCUGAGAGGAGCCCCCACUCUGCAGUGCACUGAGUCUGGGCUCUGGAGCCACACUGUUCCCUACUGCCAAGCUCGACAGUGCAACAAACUAACUGCUCCCCUCCACGGGUCCCUGCACUGCUUCAACCCACAUGAGGAGUUUAGCUUCAGCACCAGCUGCAACGUGAGCUGUGAGGAGGGGUUCCUGCUCAAUGGGACAGCCUCCACUCAGUGCGCCUCCUUGGGGGUGUGGACUGAGUCUCCUCCACUUUGUCAGGUUGUGCAGUGUCCGGCUCUGAGUGACCUUCUACCCCCAUUCCUCUCCAUGAAGUGCUCUAACCCACUGGGGAUCUUCAGCUUCAGGUCUCAGUGCUUCUUCCACUGUGGGAAUGGUUCUUCGCUCAAUGGGACAUAUAAACUGUCCUGCACCUCCAAUGGGAUGUGGACUGCACCUCCGCCCUCGUGCACAGAACCAGAGAUGACAGUUGGGACAGGUAUGAUGAUCUCCACCGCGGUGGGGUUUGCUUCGGCCAUCGCUUUGCUUCUUCUGGGCGGACUGGGGUUUUUCAUUGUUUCUCAUCUUUCCAAGAGAGCAGCUCGAAAAGAUUAUCUGGAAGCGAGGGAUAUUGCUAUUUGGGAAGAACUAGAAAACCCUGCAUUUGAAGAAGAACAUUAGAGGAUCAUAUGACAUUCCCUUAUGGUAAAUAGUUUAUCCUCAAAAUACAUAUAUGUCACUGUUUAGUCACAGCAGAUCCUAUUUUAACUAUCAAAUAAUAUGUGAUUAUCUUUAUUGGGGCCUAUAAGAUUAAGUAAAUAUGAAGAUUUACAGGAAAAUAAAAUGGAUGAAUGAAUAUUCCUGUAUGCACUGUGCAGUCUGUAUUAAAAAGCUCCAAACAACCUGGGCCCAGAAUAAUGGGAAACACUGCUAUCUGACAUUUGUUAUUACUUAUUGUUAUUGUUAUAUUAAAUGAUCAGUUUCAACUUUCAGCUGAAUAAGGAGCACCUAGUAAGACCACCUAAAGUAAAAAAAAAAGGUCCCCAAUAGCCAUGGGCCUAAGAUGAUACCCCUGAAAUAUAUAAUAAUUCAUGAUAAUAUAAUUCAAUAACCUUCCCUUAUAUUAAUGCCAAU